CACCCUUCCCACCCCCAAGAUAUCAUUCUCUCACAGAGGCAUUUCCACAGUCACUUCACGUGCAACAUAUUGUUUCGUCUCCAUUUCCAUUUCCGUUCCUAGAUUCGAAAUUAUUAGAGAACCCACCAAUGGCCAGAGGAGGAUUCAAUCGGAUUUUGAGCGUUCUGAUCGCCGUUGCGGUCGUGAUUCAGCUGCUGCUUGGCUGCGGAGUGGAGGCUCGGCCGUUCAAUAUAGUGAAGUCCGAUGCGGAGAGCAGCGGCAGUGGCGGGAGCUGGUGGGCCGAUGCGGCCUUCUGGGAGGAGUUGGCCCUUGGGGCGGUGAAGCAAUCGGGGCCCAGCCCAGGCGUCGGGAACAGCUUCACCGAUGCUGCCAAUGAUGGUCCCAGCCCCGGAGUGGGCCACUGAUCGUAUUAAAAUUCAUUUCGUUAU